AAGACGAACUACCCGGAGGUAGAGAGAUGGCGCUGUUUGUAAUUCUGCUUGGUACCUUGGGGAUUGCCAGCUCCGCACCAUACUUUGGGAAGUAUGGCACGGUGAGGGAGAUCCAAUCUCCGGACAUUAUGGGAGAUGUCCUGCCGAAAGCAUUCGAGGCGUGCAUGUAUUCCAAGACCGGGUGCUGCUCAGACGGGAAAACAAUAGCGCCUGGGCCUGGCAGGGGUGAGGGCUGCGAUGUUGCCCUCUGCACUGACAGUAAUGUUGGUUAUUGCUACGAUAAGAAGCUAGACAAAACUCUUGACUGCGAUGAUGAGGCUGAUGGGAAAACCUGCAAGUUCAGCUGUCGCAAAUGCCAUUCUGCCGCCACGCCCCUCUCGAGGUGCGAAAAGCUACAGCCCAAAUACGGCUGCUGUUGGGACGGACGUCCGGCGCUAAAAGCCGACAAGAGCGACUGCCCGGUUUGCAGAGACUCAUUCAGCAAUUCUUGCAGUUUGUUCAAAGGAUUAAGCGGCGGAUGCCAGUCGGGCUCGUACGGAAUUCGUUUUUUCAUGACGAAUAAUUGUCCUAAAAGCUGUGGUUUUUGCACCGCUUAACCAGGCGUUAAAAGUGGCAUCGUAGAACACAACAGGGGAAAUCAGACAGGAUCCAAAAAAACCGUUUAUACGACCAACCUAGUUAUAGCAGUAGAAACACGAGUAAAAUCCAAGGCUAUUAGAAUCUGAUAGGCUAACAUCUCACUUCCUAUUUAAAAAAAUCGUUUCAAAUGGCGAAUGGCAGUUCUACGACCAAUCACUACUUAUAGGUAUCUAUUAUUUGGAAGAAAAAAUAUAAUAGGUAGACUAAGUUUAUAAGUUAUUCACGUUUUCUUACAUUCAGUAGAAAUUUGAUUCUUCCCAUUGUAUUUUUAGAUGGCAGAACUGCCGCGUGACAUUUUAGCAUUUGUCAUUUGCAUUACAGCAUUUUUUUAAAUAGGUCUAUAUACCUCUAGUCAAUCUAAUACGUGGGCCGUAAGGGAAGUUAUGGACCCGAACAUGUUUCAGGGCCAUAGCAGGGGAUACGUGCCCCCCCCCCCCCCAAUAUUUUAAAAAAUUAUAAGGAAAUGACCUGUAGGGGUAUGGCUGUGCCCCCCAUUGUUUUCUCGAUGUUUCUGCAUCGUGCCCCCAAAUAAUUCGAGGGCUUCUACGGCUAUGCGUUUUAAUAGCCCAAAUACAAAGCUAAAAAAAGAGAAUGUCGACUAGUGAUUACAACACUUUAUUUAGAAUGGAGUUCGAGAAACCUUGGUUGUAAACAUGGGUUUUUACUGCACCCUCACGAUUUCAAAAGAGACCAAAAAUUUAAUGCUUUCUUGUUGCGAAUAAAUAAACAAAAAUCAGCAAA